AUGGAUAAUGAGCAAUGGAACGAUGAGGCUUACCGGAAAUGCAGGAAAAUAAUUGUCUUAGCUGCAACUGCUUGUGCUAUAGCAGCUAACAAAUAUCGUAAGUUGUACCUCAGUAAGGAUCCGUAUCGUGGUGAAGCUCUCCGUGGUCUAGUUGAGACAGAAAGAAUUAUUGGGGUAUCCGACACCACUUGUCGAUCUCUAAUUAGGAUGAGUAGGAGGGCAUUUUUUAGUUUAGCUGAAAUGGUUAGGCAUAGGGGUUUUCUCUAUGAUAGCAAAUUUGUGACAGUGGAGGAACAACUAGUUAUUUAUUUACACACAAUUGGCCACAAUGCCAAGAACCGAGUCGUCUUACACCAAUUUGGUCAUUCGGGUGAGACUAUUAGUAGGUAUUUCAACCGUGUUUUGUGUGCAAUACUUCAACUGCACACAGAACUAUUGAAACCUCCAAGAUCCACAACUCAACCCAAAAAAUACUUACGAUACUUCAACAACUGCAUUGGAGCCAUAGAUGGUACGCAUAUCCCUGCAUGGGUAUCAGUUGACCAACAUCGAAGAUUUCGUGAUAGGAAGGGGAAUAUAUCACAGAAUAUCUUAGCUGCCUGUGACUUCGACAUGAGGUAUACAUAUAUACUUUCAGGAUGGGAAGGUUCUGCAUCAGAUUCUCGAAUACUAGAUGAUGCCAUCCACAAGGAAGGAGAAGAAAAGAUAGUUGUACCUCGAGAUUAG